AUGCUUGUCAUCCUUGCUGCGCUGGCUUGUGCGCUCCCUGCGCUCGCGGCCCCCUCGGGUGGUUCGCCCAUCAAGCCUAACCCCCACAAUGACUACCUUCGCUCUACACCUGUGUUUGAUGCUAUUGACAGCAAUGUGCACAACGUCGAGUCGGACCUUUGGUGGGACAAUGAUGCGGAGAAGUUCUAUGUGGCCCACACUGCACUCACCAUUGACCACUCCAAGACGUUCCAGACCGUGACCCUGGACCGUGUGAUGAGCGUCCUGAAUGGCUCGCACAGCGGAAGUGCCUACAAUGCAGGUUCGGCGCAAAAGUUCCUUGAUGCUGCCAAGGGCAAGGAAACUUCGGACCCCGAUUGGUACAGCUACUAUGCCAACGGCUUUGGCGGCGUCCGCCCGAUCCAAGUGCUGGUUGAGAUCAAGUCGAAUGACGGUGAGACUUCGUGGCCGCACGUUGUGGACGCCUUUGAACCUUUUCGCAGCAAGGGCUGGCUCACUCGUUACGAGAAUGGCAAGAUUCACUACGGUCCUUUGAUCGUGGUGGGUACGGGCGGCACGCCUUUUGACCAGAUUGCACCGCGCACGAAGCGCGACGUGUUUUGGGACUGCAGCCUGAACUCGAUCGCCAGCACGACCAACAUUGACGGUACGGAGUACCAUUUCAACUCGACGGUUUGCCCCAUGUCAUCUGCCAGCUACGUUGAUGUUGCCCCUCCGUAUGUGGGCCUCACCCCUCCCUCUGACGACCAAGCUAAGAAGUUCCGCAAGGACAUUGUGGAUGCGCACAAGAUCAAGACCACGACGCGCUUUUACGGCGUGGUCGACUGGCCCGCCUCGGCCAAGUACAAUGACUUUAACAUGCUCGUGAAGGAAGGUUCUGACUGGCUCAACCUUGACGACAUGAGCGAUGCUGCCAAGUACACUCCAUAG